AGACAGAGAGAGGAUAAAUAUUCUAGUUAUAUACCUUGAAAUCUUCAUAUUAUAUGAAAAGACGUUAUCAAAGCAUCCACCACAAAUAUUAAAGCCAUAGCCAAUGUUUCUCACUCUGUAUGGGUAUUAUAAGCUGAUAUUCUUAGGUGAAUAUCGUCACCCCUACACGGGACAUGUGGAAGACUCCUCUGAACUCUGACCCCCAGUCAAGCGUGUCCAAAGUUCGUAGAGAGGCUGUGGACGCUGUAUGUUCGCACGCUGGGCCGUUGCCGUGCUCGUAGCGUGGAGAUCGCUGCCGUUUCCUCGGUGGUUGGGAGGGACCAUGGCCGAGGGGGCGGUGUCGUCGUCUCGGUCCCAGCCCGCGGCCUCCUCGGUGCUUCCCUGCCGCCGGCUGGGGGAAGUCCAGGGCUGCCCAGGCUGGAAGAACGAGGUGUUGUUCUGCGGGAGCAGAGAAGCGCGGGACCAUGUGGUCUUCUUCCCGGGCGAUGUACAGGACUACAUUGAAAACAUGGAGGCCCACCGCGACAACAAGAACUGGAAACAGUGGAACCUGGAGGCCACAGCUGAACUCCUCUCUCGCCGCUUCCCUCGCUCCCUCAUUUGGGUCAUCAAACCUUCCUACAUGCACCUCAAGACGUUCAGCUGCUACAACUUUCUAGUCUGUAACGUGAUGGGAACUCCCGAGUACGGGGACGAACCCAGAUAUCCCAACGCCUUGCUUCACCUGAGACUCCUUCUCAACAAUGCCACACAGCAGAUUUCAAGUGAACUGCAGCAGCAGAUUGACAGUCAAGGCUCCUGUCCUUCAGAUCAAAAUGGCUGCCAGGAUGGAACAACACUACUUGAUCUUCCGAUCACGUUUGUCGGUUUCAGUAAAGGCUGCAUCGUUCUCAACGAGAUUCUCUUUGAGUUACAAGAAGCAAAGCCGAUCCCGGAGCUUCAGCAGUUAUUGGCGCGAGUAAAAACAAUGUACUGGCUCGACGGUGGACACCAGGGAGGCUCCAACACCUGGGUGACCAACGAGUCCACCUUACGGAACUUUGCGGAACUGCAGGUGGAGGUACAUGUGCAUGUCACACCCUACCAGGUGAACGACGCCAUGCGGGCUUGGAUCGGGAAGGAGGAGAAACUGUUCUUGAAAAGGUUGAAGAAAGUCGGUGUGAAAGUCACAGAGACACGACACUUCGAAGAUGAGCCACGGUCCUUGGAAAACCAUUUCAAAGUCUUGACAGUUUUCUAAUGCUGAUUGUGCUUAAGACUCCUAGCUAAGGCCACACCAAGUAAAUUUCAUGGAUGACGUCCUUUAGAGACCCUAAAUCUAAUGCGAGAGGGCGAAAAAAAAACAAGA